AGUGGUGGCUCUGCUAAUGGUUUCCCUGCUUCUUUGCAGAUGUAUUGUGAGAGGUUUAUAUGCAUCCUGAGAAUACUUGGAACCACACUCUUCGGGGUGUCCCUCCUGCUGGGAAUCACCGCUGCUUACAUUGUUGGCUACCAGUUCAUCCAAACAGACAACUACUACUUCUCCUUUGGACUCUAUGGUGCUAUCCUGGCAUCACAUCUCAUCAUCCAAAGCCUGUUUGCCUACCUAGAGCACAGGAAAAUGAAACGGUCGCUAGAGACUCCAAUCAAACUGAACAAAACAGUUGCCCUUUGUAUUGCUGCCUAUCAAGAAGAUCCUGACUACUUAAGAAAAUGUUUACUUUCUGUAAAAAGAUUGACCUACCCUGGAAUUAAAGUUGUUAUGGUCAUUGAUGGGAACUCAGAAGACGACGUUUACAUGAUGGACAUUUUCACUGAAAUCAUGGGUAGGGACAGUUGUGCCACUUAUAUCUGGAGUAAUAAUUUCCACGACAAAGGUCCUGGUGAGACAGAGGAGUCUCACAGAGAGAGCAUGCAACACGUAUCUCAGCUGGUCCUGUCCAACAAAAGUGUUUGCAUCAUGCAGAAAUGGGGUGGAAAAAGAGAAGUAAUGUACACAGCAUUCAAAGCACUGGGGAGAAGUGUGGAUUAUGUACAGGUCUGUGAUUCAGAUACAAUGCUUGAUCCAGCCUCAUCAGUGGAGAUGGUAAAAGUUUUAGAAGAAGAUCCAAUGGUUGGAGGAGUUGGAGGUGAUGUGCAGAUUUUGAACAAAUAUGAUUCCUGGAUCUCCUUUCUGAGCAGCGUGAGAUACUGGAUGGCGUUUAACAUCGAAAGAGCCUGUCAGUCCUACUUUGGCUGUGUGCAGUGCAUCAGCGGACCUCUGGGAAUGUACAGAAACUCUUUACUCCAUGAAUUUGUGGAAGAUUGGUACAAUCAAGAGUUUAUGGGCUCCCAGUGCAGCUUUGGAGAUGACAGGCAUCUAACUAACAGAGUGCUAAGUCUGGGCUAUGCAACAAAAUACACAGCUAGAUCCAAGUGCCUUACGGAAACGCCGAUAGAGUAUCUCAGGUGGCUGAAUCAGCAGACCCGCUGGAGUAAAUCCUACUUUAGAGAGUGGCUUUAUAAUGCCAUGUGGUUCCACAAGCACCAUUUGUGGAUGACCUAUGAAGCUGUAAUCACUGGAUUCUUUCCUUUCUUCCUUAUUGCCACGGUCAUUCAGCUCUUCUACAGGGGAAAAAUCUGGAACAUUCUUCUCUUCCUGUUGACAGUUCAGUUAGUUGGCCUGAUAAAGUCUUCCUUUGCCAGCUUCCUUAGGGGCAACAUUGUGAUGGUUUUCAUGUCACUCUACUCAGUGUUGUACAUGUCAAGUUUACUGCCAGCAAAGAUGUUUGCGAUUGCCACGAUAAACAAAGCAGGGUGGGGCACAUCAGGAAGGAAAACCAUUGUAGUUAAUUUUAUAGGACUCAUUCCAGUCUCCAUUUGGUUUACAAUCCUCCUAGGUGGCGUAAUUUUCACUAUUUACAAGGAAUCAAAAAAGCCAUUUUCUGAGUCAAAACAGACAGUUCUCAUCAUUGGCACAAUACUCUAUGCAUGUUACUGGGUUUUGCUUUUGACUUUGUACAUGGUUCUUAUCAACAAAUGUGGCAGGCGGAAGAAAGAGCAACAACACUACGACAUGGUGCUAGACGUAUGAUGUUUCCGUGGGAAGUUACCCAGAGUUGUAAAGCAACCCAACGACCUUGUAGUAUCUGUGGCAUCAGACAUAUGUUGCCAAGGGAAAUGGAUCACUGCUGCUGGGAAUAGGACACUUAUAUUCCUCUGGGUUCCU